UUUUUUUAACGUUGGUGAUGUUUUAAACAAAAUGGAGCGAGCUUUUAGGAUUUUGGUUAUAUUGUUAUCAUGAAGAAAAUUUAAAUGGAUUUGUUAUGAUAAUGUAAUGGUACAUUAAAUAAAAAAGUAUUCUACCAGUGCGACGUGCUUAUGAUGGACAAAGUUGUAAUCCAUUAGUUUCUUAAUGUAGGCAAAUAGCGGCCAAAGAAAUGAAGGAUAAACUACGUAUUGUAUGGAAAUGCAACAAAUGUUUUUCCUCCAAACGCAUAGAAGAAGAAGAUGAGAAUAUAUCACUUAACAGCAAGGUGCGUUCAUGCUAUCUGCACCACCUUCAGAAAGUGCUGCUGAACAAUUACCAGAACUGCCUUCUUGAGGCCACCAACCAUGACUUCUCCGCGAACGAUGUCCGCAGCUGUGCUGCUGAAAUGGAGCUUCAGGCCAUCUACAAGUGUGUGGUGGUCGUGCUGUACCAAAGGGCCAUGGCCAAGAUGAUAACUGAUAUUAAAAAAGAUACCAGAAGACAAAAAAUUCACAAGAAGUUGAAGGACUUUGUACCAAGCAAAAGUGACGGUACAACUCAGACUAAUACUGUACGGGAUUUAAAGCCAGCGUCGGUGCAGACCAGCCGCUUGUUGCAGGAGGAUUGUUGUUUACCGAGCCCUAGCGAAUCAGAAAGUCAUAAGCAGCAAGAGACAGACUGUCAAGAUGUUCACAUCAAGCAGGAGCGCUUCUCCCCACAAAGCAUGCAGCAAACACCCCCGUCCUCUCCCGCACUUGAUGAGAUACCGCUGCCGGGCUCAGACCCACCCGAGUCAGAAGUGGGCUUGCAACAUUCAGAAACAGCUGUACAGGUCCAGCAACCAGAGACUGCAAAAUGUCCGGAUUCACUGUGUGCUAUUGGACCAACACAAACACAAUCUUUUAAAAUACUCACUCCUAAUCCAGCAGUAUCGUCCACACCAGACAGAAACUCCCAGCCAGAAACAAGUUCUUCAGCCUCAUCAUUGGAUACAGUUCAAACGAAGCUAGGGUCUUCAAGCAACCAGCAUAUUUCCAGUGUGCAACCGUUACUAUCAAGCAGCCAAAUCCAACAGCAGAUACAUCCAGCAAGUGCACAGUCGUCUUUGCAGCAAGCAAGCCAGCAACCAGGCCCAUCUUUGAGUACACAGUCACAACUACAACAUGCAAGUCAGCAACUGGUUUCAUCGAGUGGACAGUCACAGAUUCAAAAGAUAGACCAAAAAUUGGUUUCAUCUUUGAAUACACAGUUUCAUCUGCAACAAGCAACCCAGCAACCAGUUUCGUAUUUAAUUGGACAAUCAAAGUUGGCACAGGAGACAGUUUCAUCUUUAAGUGGACAGUCAAAAUUACAACAUGUAGAACAGAAACCAGUUCCAUCUUUAAAUACACAGUCACAUUUCCAACAUGCAAAUCAGCAACCAGUUUCAUGUGUGAGUGGACACUCACAGUCACAACAUCCAAGCGAAUUACAGGUUCCGUCUUUAAGUGGACAUCCAAAGUUAAAACAUACAAGCCAGGAACCAGUUUCAGGUUUGAAUGAACAGUCACAUCUGCAGUAUUCAAACCAACCAGUUCCAUCUUUGAGUACUCUGUCAGUAGUGCAACAUGCUAGCCAACAACAAGUUUUGUCUGUAAGUGGACAGUUGCAGAUGCAACAUGCAGUCCAGAAUUCAGUUUCAUCAUUGAGUGUGCAGUCACAGCUGCAGCAUGCAAACCAACUACCAGUUUCAUCUUUGAAUGCACAGUCACAUGUGCAAAAUUCAAGCCAGCUACAGGUCUCAUCUUUGAGUACACAGUCACAAUUACAACAUGAAACUCAGCAACCAGUUUCAUCAUCAGGUGGACAGUCACAAUUGCAACAUUCAAGCCAACAAGCCGGUUCAUUUUUAACUGCACAAUCAAAAUUGGAACUUACAAGCCAGGAUCCUGUUUCAUCUCUGAGUAUACAGUCACAGUUACAACAUGCAAGUCAGCAACUGGUUCCAUCAUUGAGUGGACAUUCACAAAUGCAGUAUGCAAACCAACAACCGGUUCCAACUUUGAAUACACAGUCUCAGUUUCAGCUUGCAGACCAUAAACCAGUUUCAGUUUUUAAUGAACAGUCACAGUUGCAACAUGCAAACCAACAACCAGUUCCAUCUUUAAGUACACAGUCACAGUUACAACAUACAAGUCAGCAACUGGUUUCAUCUUCGAGUGGACUGUCACAGUUGCAACAUGCAUGUCAGCAACCAGUUUCGUCUUUGAGUUUGCCAUUACAUUCAGAACAUGCCAGCCAGAAAAAAAAUUCAUCUCUUAGUGGAAUGUCACAGUUGCAACUUGCAAGUAAGCAACAGCUUUCACCUGUAAGUGGACAUUAUCAUGUGCAACAUGUUAUUCAACAAAAGCUGGAAUCUUUGAGUAGCCAUCCCCAAAAGCCGCAAUGCCAGGUUUCUCUGAAAAAGCGACAUGUUUCCAGCCAGCCAGAGUCAAAGAAUGUGAUCCAGCAACCUGUAAAACCAGGUUCCAAGAUUCAGUUAUCUUCUGCUAGCGAAAAAGAGCUUCAGGCACUUGCACUUCAGCACUUGCAGGCAGCGUAUGAAAAGUGGUUACUUACAGCCAAUAAGGAGCAACGGCUGAUCAUCGAGCAGCAGCAAGCCCAGUCGAGCGGACAGGUGCUGCAGUCAGCUAGCCAACAGAGGCUGCAGGCGGCGUGCCUGCGACGGCUGCGGUCUGCAUACCAGGCGUGGUCACGAGAGUGCACCACGGACAAUCUGCACAGGCUGCAGGCGGCUUACGUGCUGUGGCUGAAUGCAGCUACCUCACGCCAGGCUAAGCCAGUGGAUGAGACAGAUGUGUCGGCUGAGACUGGCCUGUCUGGCAGUGGUGGACUGCAGGUGUGGCCUCCUAGCUCACUGUCUCGGCUUUCGAGACCACGGCAGCCGGUGCAACCGUGUGUGCGCCAGCCGCAAGAUGCCAGCCCGGUUAAAGUCUCUUCCCUCCUAGACUCUCAACAGAUACAAGUCGUUGACCACCAGGAGUCCAACACCGCCAGUUGGCAAUUCCCUAGCAGUGAUCCAUGUGAUACUGUAGUGCCAAAUGCAGCCAGUAGUGAUGCAGGGUUGGUGCUCCAGAAGACAAACCUGAUUCGCAGGUAUAGACAGCAGCAAGGCAGUGGCGGCGUAGUGGAAGUAUCUCCUAUUCCAGUCGUUCUUUCCCGCAACACUGGGUUGCUUCACAAGGUCCAGUUCCAACAGCAGCCAAGUAAUCCAAACAACAUUGAGAUCAUUCCUGUUAGUGAGGAUGCACUGGUUAAAAUUGAAGCUGAAGAAAUAGCCGGUCGUGAAAUUGCAGUCAUUUCAAGUCAUGCAGAGAGUAAAAAAUUGAUUGUUUCUCCCUGCCGCAAUGAAGGUACCAGUUUUGUUACUCCACUUAAUAAAAGGAAUAAUGAUGAUGACAAAGAAAACAAAGAAAAAAGCGAUAAGGAUGUUUCCAAAACUGAUUCUGUUGCAACUCAGAAUGAAGUUGAUAGCGAUGAUGCAUUGGAGCCAGGACCCUCGCCCACCUUUUCUUCAACUGAUAGUGAAACCAGCAGCAAGGCUUCAUCUUCUAAAAGCUCUGUGAAUGGAGAGAAAAAUGUUGGCGGAGAGACUGAAAAAAUUGGAAGUGAGAUUAGCAGAGAAGAGUCAGUGCAGCCUGACCACAUCUGUACUGAAGUCAAGGAAGAUUUUCAGACCAAACUGUUGCUUCGGGAACUUUUGUCAGGCAGCAACACACCAACUGACGAGUUGAUAGAAGGCACUGAGAUUCCAUAUGAUGCCAUAGUGUCUGGUCUCGAGGAGCUUGGCUCGCAAAACGCCAAGAAACGAAAAUCUGAAACAGAUGUGCAGUUACCAGAGAAAAGGACGAACAUGUCUGUGGUGAGUGCUGAUGUCGAGUCUGCAAAGAGUAAGGUGGACAGCAACACCUCGGACAGCCCGGAAAAAGGAUUUUGGGCACGUGAGCUGCUGGCACAGCAGAUUGCGCUGGCGCAUGUGUGGCAGAAGCUCAGCUGCAACGUCCUGAAGAAGGCUAGGCGGAAGCAGCGCUGUGUUCGGCUGUUCGGCUCGGAUGAAGACCUCGUGCUCACGGAACGGGAGCUCAACAUCUGCAAGGGUAGGAUCAUCCCAUGGAUCGUGCGCGAGUUGAAGCCGUACUACCGUGAGGGAAGGGUCAUUUCUCGCCCCGUAUUCAAGUCGGUUGCCCGUCAUACGGCUAACCGCCUCGUCAGCCGAAACUGCUACCCAGAAUGUUCAUCCAAGAACAAGCCCUGCAAAUUUGUAAUAUUGUUGAAAAUUAUACUUCAGUGGAGGCCUACAAUUGGCAAAUUCACAGAUGAGAGUUAAUUGUUCCUGUAGUAAGGUGCUAUUUUUGGUGGCAGGCUACACCCCUUACCUGCUUCUUGCCAUAAUGGCUUCAAUGCACAGUUGAGUAGUGGGGUACUGUCGAAGCAGAUGAAACACACACACACACAAGACAUCUUUCACUUACUUUGGAAUUGUUCUCCUAAGUAAAGAAAGGUUGGAAAGUGGUUUAGAGUUUGAAAUAAAAAAUGCACAGUUGAAGGCUGCUAUCAGCUGCUAAUGUUUAUUCAAUACAAAUGUGAUUGAACAAUAUACAUGUAAGUGUAACAAUCUCAGUUUAAAAUAUCUCAAAUUUAACAUUUAUUGUUGUAUUGCUCUUUGCUGCCUUAGCGUAUUCUAUAUAGCAUACAACACUGAGCUUUCUUUUAAAUUCAGCGCAGAGCUAGGCUUCUUACAUUGUAGUUGAUUAAAAACAUAAAUCUUGCACAAAUAGAGUGGGGAGGGAAGAGAAAUAAAAGGGGGGGGGGGUAGGGGAUAGAUUGAGUGCAUUUAGAUGUGCAAGUUAAUUCAUCACAAAAGCCAUUAUGUACCUUUUUGUUCCAAAUAAAUAGAUGCUCACCUGUGUAUUUUGUCGAAGCUAUUCAUAGAAUGCCAAUCCUGCAGUUGUGACAAAUGCUGUGUGGAUCUGUGGACUAAUGAGGUGUGUGGAGGAAAGAAAGCACAAUUUAUGUUGUGACAUUAUUGAGGGUGAGAGAAAAUAGUAUGUAUACAUAUAUCCUUAGUUAAUCAUGGGAAUUUGUGUAGGACACAUUUUCUGUUGAAAAUAAAUUUAUACACUGGA